AUGUUCCAACAUUGUUACGUUGCUGUAUCUCUGCCUGUAACAUCUACUGUAGACAACCCAAUGAUUGAUCGCAUAUUUUCAAGAGUAGAAAAAGCUGAAAAAUACAACCUAUUGAAUAAUGUUAAAAAAAGUGAACCUAAAACACUAGUAAUAACACCUGUACGAUAUGGCGGUCAUCGUCGUCGUCAUGAACGAGCUAUGAGACGUAUGCUUCGUGAACAAAGACGUCUGAUGCGAAAACAAAAGAAAAUGUAUCGUCGAGGCUACGGUAGUAUUUACAGAUACCACUUGUUCCAAUGA